AUGUCGUCAACAAACACUUUCGACUCCAUUUCCACGUCCAGGGUCACAGACAAGCUCAGAGACACCCAGUACGUGCUCGAAAAUGCACCUCUCCCGAAGGAAAUCCCCCACGUGAAGGAGAUAGGAGCCACCACUGGACCUCUGGUCAGUGCCUCGUUUUUCAUCGGAGAUAGAUGCAAAGACUACAACGACGACUUCAUGAAGUGCCACCAGGAAAACGGCAAGAACGGAACCAUCAACUGCCUGACUGAGGGCCGCAGAGUGACAAGAUGCGCAGCCAGCGUGAUCCGCGAUCUGAACACCCAUUGCAAGAAGGAGUUCGAGCUGCACUUCCAGUGCCUGAACUACUCCAACAUGGAGCUCAAGAACUGCAGAAAGGCCGAGUCGCUGCUCAACAAUUGCGUGUUCAAGAGCCUCAAUCUGCAGAAACGCAUUCCGGACGACGGCAAUCGAGAGGUGUUCAAGCCGGGCAACCAGAUCUACGAGCCGCUGUCGCCGCACCCGGCGAGCGAGCGCGCCUACCGCCAGGCCACUCACGGCUGA